AGUUAUACUCCAACAAGGCCACACAAUUUGAGGUCAAGGAUGCAAGAUUAUGACAAACCUGCUCCCUGUUUUUCUACUAUUGUAUUUCCUCAUCUCAACUGCCUUGAAGUUAGAACUAGCCCAUAAAACACUGCUACUUCUUUGCUACACAGAUUAUACUGUACAUGUAUCAUGGAGAAGCAAAGAAGUUUCUCUAUAAAGCCCACAAGAUUUAUGGUGUUUUCUUUCACCGUCUCAUUUUCUUUGACUCUUUUAGCCUUUUUCUCCAUCUGGGUCAUUCAUUCUACUCCCAUUCUUCAUCAAGAACCUCACUUUGACCUCGGGUCGGGUCAUGACCCGGUUGGUGAUUUUAGUUCUAAUUCAUCACAUGAAGUGAAAAAUGCAAUUUUCAUUGGUACCCAGUUGAUAGGUUCUGUUAAUACAUCUGGGUUUUCAAAUUUUUCAAGAACUGGUAGUGAUUUGAAUGACACUCAAGAUUCUUUAAGUCAUCUGAAUGGUUCAGUGAGUGAGUUGAUUAGUUCAGUUUUGAUUGCUCCGAAGCAGAGUAAUUUGGAUUUUGAUGGGGUGGUUAUAAGUGGAAAUGCAUUAAAUGCCCAUGAGAAUGGAUCUGAGUCUUUAUCAGGGAAAGUGGAGGUUUCUAAAAAUAGUGAAAUCCAAGAAAGUAGUAAAAAGUUAUGUGAUGUUACUAAAGGGAAGUGGGUUUUUGAUGAUAGUUAUCCUUUGUAUACAAAUGUUACAUGUCCAUUUAUAGAUGAAGGUUUUAGUUGUCAAUCUAAUGGGAGAUUGGACAAGGAUUAUAUGAAAUGGAGGUGGCAGCCACAACAUUGUGACAUUCCCAGGUUCAAUGCGACAGCAAUGCUGAACCUAAUUAGAGGGAAGAGACUUGUUUUUGUGGGUGAUUCGAUUAACAGGAAUCAAUGGGAAUCAAUGUUAUGCUUGUUGGUGGGAGCCAUUAAAGAUCCUAAGAGGGUUUAUGAGGCUCAUGGGCGGCGAAUAACUAAAGAGAAGGGAAACUAUUGUUUCAAGUUUCUGGAUUAUAAGUGUACAGUUGAAUUCUAUGUGAGCCAUUAUUUGGUGCAUGAGGGUAAGGCAAGGGUUGGGAAAAAAAGAUUGCAGACAUUGCGUAUUGAUACUAUGGAUAGGGGUGCAUCGAGAUGGAAAGGAGCUGACAUCAUUGUCUUUAAUACUGCUCAUUGGUGGAGUCAUUACAAAACAAAAUCUGGGGUUAAUUAUUAUCAAGAAGGACAACAAGUUUAUCCUCGUCUUGAUGUCUCAACAGCUUUCCAAAAAGCAUUGAUGACAUGGGGAUCAUGGCUAGAUAAGUAUAUCAAUCCGCAAAAAACACAAGUUUUCUUUCGAAAUUCUGCGCCUUCACACUUCAGAGGAGGUCAAUGGAAUGCUGGUGGCCACUGCCGAGAAGCUUCUCAGCCAGUAAAUGAAACUUCAAGAACCACCUACUAUGAAAAGAAUAUCAUUUUGGAAGAAGUCUUAAAACAGAUGAAAAUACCUGUUACUAUUUUGAAUAUAACUGGUUUGUCAGAUUAUCGAGUAGAUGGCCACCCAUCUGUAUAUGGAAGAAGACCUGGGAAAAGUUCUUCUGGUGGUCAAGAUUGCAGUCAUUGGUGUCUUCCUGGGGUUCCAGAUACGUGGAAUGAGCUCUUGUAUUUCUACUUGCAGUCUAACACACGACAUACAUAGUUUUAGUUAGUAAAAUGACUUUUAAGUUAAAAAAUUACACAGCCUUCAUUUCUUGUAUAUUUUCUCCUUUCUUCGUGUUGCGGACUACCUAUAAGGUGUAGUCUCUCAUUCAGUUUCAUUGUAAGAGGAACCUUUAAUCACUCUUCCUCGUGUACAAAUAUCUAACCACAGAUGUAUUCUCUUCAGUUUCUCUU